AUGUCGAGUGUUACAAGCAGUGGUAUUACUUCAAGUAUUCAAGUUCGAGAUGAAGAUGAAAAUUACGAUUUAAUAGAAACGUUAAAUAAAUCAGGAGUUUCGGUGGUAUCAACUAAAAAUCGUUUUUCAAAGCCGGCAUUUGAGUACGAACUAGGAAAAGUUUCGGAAUCGUUGAGGAAAAACGGAGUUGAAUUAAUUAUAAAGAGUAUUUGUUUAGUUGGAGGAUCACUUAAAUAUGCCGUUCGAAUUGGCGAUAUUAAACUGGUCAAACUGCGGAUUCGCCAAGGUGUAAAUGUUAAUAGUUCAGGACGAAAAGGCAGUUCUCCUCUACACCUAGCAGCAUGGUAUGGACAUCCCAAGAUCAUUAAGCUUCUUAUUAAUAAUGGAGCACGUCUUGAUUCUGUAUUAAAUGGACCAAUAAAAAAUGGAUUUACGCCGCUACAUCUUGCAUGCUUAAAUAAUAAAGUUAAGUGUGUCAAAGUUCUAUUAAAAUAUGGAGCUAGUGUUACCCCAAAAUGCGCCGAUGUUCACCAUCCAAUCCACAUCGCUGUGUUUAAGAACUAUGUUAAAAUAGCGGCGUUGCUUUUGGACAAUGGCGCAGACGUAAAUCUACGAUUUAACAAUAAAUUCUUUCAUAAUAAAUGGGACCAACCAAUUUUUUGGAAGGACAUGGAUUUAACGCUGUUACACUGCUCGAUUGCUCGAAAAGACGACGAAAUGACAGCAUUAUUGUUGGAGCAUAGAGCUGAUAUUCAUUUAAAUACAAGGUCGAAUAAAACAUCAUUGAUGCAUGCUGUUGAAGCAAAUGAUCCCAAGUUAGUUGAAUCAUUUUUGGCGAAAGGCGCGAAUCCCAACGAUCGAGAUAUUUAUGGUGAACCAGUAUUGUUUUACCUGGUCGUAAAUGCCAAUAAUCAAUCUAUUUAUUAUAGUAGACAAGAAUUUUAUUCUGAUUUAAAGAAAUUGAAAAUAAUAGAACUUUUAUACGCUGCUGGAGCUGACGUCAAUGUGAAAUUUGGAUCAAACAAAUCUUAUGAUUCACUUGUUCACUACACGUGUAUGUAUGGACAUCUAUCGGUCACCGGAUUUAUACUUCUUGAGACCAAUUUCGAUUGUAGGAACAUUAAUUAUGCAGAAAUAUUUAACUGGGUCGGAUCAAAUCCAGCUCAGAAGAACAUUAAAGAUGCCGAGAGAAUAAUAGCAGCGGGUCAUUUACUAAAAUGUGGUAAAAAUAUUGAAAGUAUAAACAGUGAUGUUGUGACUUUUUCGGCAUUGUGUUUACAAACAUCUCAUCUGAAAGAAAAACCUCACGAAAUUGAGGGAUCAGUAUCAAAAUCUAAAAAAAUUUUAAGUCUAAAAUGCUCAUGCAAGGCUGGCAAAGGAACACAAUGUAAACAUGUAGUAGCUGCUUUAUUAUAUUGUUACCGGAAAGGAAAUCAACUAGAUCAAGAAAAAAUUGUUAAAGAAUAUAAUUCAACACCAAUCCUCCAGCAUGCUUGUUUUUCAAAGGUAAAACGUAAAUAUGUAAGUAGCCAAAAUGUAACAGAAGACCCGGUAGCUGCGAAUAAUUCUUUAAGUCAGCAAGAUGCUGAUGAAGAUCUUGAUGAUGUUUACGAAGGUGAAGUCUAUGAAGAAGUUGUUUCUACGAGUGUUAUAAAACGCAAGUGUCCAGAAUGGAUCGACGUAAAAAAGCUUACUGAAGAUGAAAAAAAGCUAAUAGUUGAAAAAGUUCGGACUAGAUUGAAAGACUCGGCGUUUUCUAAGCAUUAG